CUAGAUUAAUAGGCGUUCUAGGGUUUUUGGUAACGAGGAGCUCCAGAUCUGAGAGCUCAAUUUCGCCGGGGUAGCUCGACGCGAUGCUGGAUUGCGCUAGGAUCUGCUAGAUCCUGCUCCGGAUGAUGACGAAGAACGGAAUGCUCGAGUGUCAUCGCUGCGGCGGCAAGCUGGGGAAUGCCUCGCCUACGGUUCGCUCGAUCUCAAAGGCGUAUGACCGGCAUCACUCUGACCAGGCGUCGCGGUUCCGGGGCCUCAGCAUUCUUCUUGUAGCGUUUGAUUGUAUGCUCAUUGCGCUACAGCCGAUCCUAGUGUACAUGUCCAAAGUAGAUGGGAAGUUUUUGUUUAGCCCGAUUAGCGUGAAUUUCCUCACGGAAAUGACCAAGGUGGUCUUCGCGAUUUGUAUGCUCGUUUUCCAGGCACGCAAGCAAAGAGCUGGCGAGAGAUCGCUCCUGAGUCCUCGAGUAAUUUUCCAGGCUGCCCGUGCAAAUCGUUUGCUUGCACUUCCAGCAGCCCUCUACGCAGUUAACAACUACCUCAAGUUCGCAAUGCAGCUCUAUUUUAAUCCAGCGACUGUGAAGAUGCUGAGUAACCUUAAGGUGCUGAUGAUUGCCUUGCUUCUCAAAGUGAUCAUGAGACGCCGGUUUUCAGUUUUACAGUGGGAGGCACUUGCUUUGCUACUGAUUGGUAUCAGUGUGAAUCAGCUGCAUACGACGCCAACUGGGACAACGGUCGUCGUUCCGCUUCAAUCCAUUGCAUAUGUAUACACCUUGAUUUUUGUCACUGUGCCAUCCAUGGCGUCCGUGUUCAAUGAAUACGCCCUUAAGAGUCAGUUCGAGACAAGUGUUCAUCUUCAGAACCUGUUUCUUUACAGUUAUGGAGCGAUGUUCAACUUUCUAGCGAUUCUGGUUACUGCUGAUUUUAGUGCUGGGAAUGGGCUUAAUCUUUUCAAGGGCCACUCUCGGGCAACAAUGUUUCUAAUCUUCAACAACGCAGCGCAAGGAAUACUCUCUUGCUUCUUUUUAAAAUAUGCUGAUGCAAUCUUGAAAAAGUACUCUUCUACUGUUGCAACAAUCUUUACGGCUUUGGCUUCUGCCGCCUUAUUCGGGCACAAACUGACAAUCAACUUUGUCUUAGGAGUAUCAAUUGUUAUAAUUUCUAUGCACCAGUUCUUCUCGGCACUAAGCAAAACGAAGGACGAAAAGCUUGACAAUCAAAUGGACACGUUCGUUGACAAGCAUAACACUUACACGAGGCCCAAGGAUGACGCGUUUAUCAAUAUGACUGCUGGUGCUGGUGAACAGGCAAACCUUAAAGUCGGUAUACUGGAUGACAGACAACCUUUGCUUCCUACUUAAGCUCGAGCGCAGUAAUAUAGCAGUGUUAGUAGUAUAUGGAGCAGCAUACUGUACAAAACCGCGGUGAUGGGUAAGGAGACGGUAACGUUUCCAUUCAAGCCAAUUUUUGCUGAGGAAGGUUUGAGUGGCUGUCUCAGAGCGAAUGCACACGAGCUAAAUAAGAUGGGGGGGAAAGCAUUUUCGUUA